UUGUUUCAGCUGAGUACGCAUGCGCACACCCGUUCUUUGGCGGCCACUUCGAUUUCCUUGCACUUCCGGCAACUUUGAGGCGCCGGGAGCACGAGAGGAACCCAAUAAAGCCCUCGAAGUGUGGGAAAAAGGAUGCCGAAGCCUCCUCCGGUGUGUCCGAACCCUUUAUUUAUGCGCUGGCUCCAAGAAUGGCGCGACGAAGCCGCCGAACGCGGGCGACCAAGAAGCCAAAGGGCCUACGAAAGGGCCCUGAGCUCCCUCCGCAAAUACCCCUUGCCUUUGCACAGUGGGCGCGAGGCCCGGAUCCUCCAAUACUUCGGGGAUCAGAUCUGUCGGCAGCUGGAGGAACGCCUGGAGAGACACCGAGAAGACAUGGCAACAACUGAUCUGCAGCCCCAAGCUUCCUUGUGGAGAGUCCCGAAAGACGCUGAACCAUCAAGCUUUGGGACCACAUCCGCAAGUUGGAUCCCGGGGCCACAGUCUGAUCCGACUCAUUGUCCAGAGCCGCAUAUAAAGAAAAAGCAGCUUGCGUCCCGCCGACGUGCCCGGAUCCCAGCCCAGCGGUCUGCAGCAUAUGCCGUACUGGUUGCUCUCUACCAGGACAGGAGGAAUCCGGAAUCUCGGGGUUACUUGACAAAGCCGGAGUUACAAAGAGCAGCUCAGCCACUCUGUAAUAAAUCUUUCUGUCUGGCUGACCCAGGCGAGAAGAAGACAGCUUGGUCUGCUGUCGGCAAUCUAAUCCGCAAGGAGCUGGUCCUCAAGACCAAUAUCCCAGCUAGAUAUUCUCUGACAGAGGCCGGUUUGUCCUUGGCCCAAGAGUUGGUCGCCUUGGAAGAACCAAAGGGCGAUACCUCGAAAGCACAAUCAACCGCAUCCACUGGAAACAGAGAAUUAUUUCCUUUUUUGGAGGGCGAAGGUGAAGACUGUUUACGCUCAGACCAGUCGGAGAAGGAGGAUCUCCCAAGGUCAAGCUGCAACGAACCAGAAAGAGAGCUGUUUAAGCCCCAGUUCACCCUUCAGCCCGGCCAGUUUGAAGUUGUCCUCUGCGUGGAUGUCAUUGAGACCACCGGGGGUCCUGCAUCCCGGAAACAGGAGCUGAUGGACGAACUCCGACGUCGCAAUGUCCCCUUCAGCGUCCGGAAGCUUCACGUUGGCGACUUCCUCUGGGUUGCCAGAGAGCGGGUCUCUCCAGCCGCAGCUCAAGAAUUGGUCCUCGAUUACGUCGUGGAGCGCAAGAAGAUGCCGGACUUGUGCAGCAGCAUCAUCGAUGGCCGAUUUCGCGAGCAGAAGUUCCGCUUGCGGCAAUGCGGCCUCUCUCAUCCCAUCUAUUUGGUGGAAGAUGCCGGCUCCGUGGAGCACCUCAGUUUGCCUGAGAAGACCCUGCAGCAGGCGGUGAUCAACACCCAGGUGGUGGACGGCUUCUUUGUCAAACGCACCCGUGACAUCCGCGAAUCCGCGGCCUACCUGACCGUCAUGACCCGUUACCUGGCCAGGUUGUAUGGGGCCCGGACUCUCCUGAGCUGCACCAAGGAAGAACUGGACCGGGCACAUCCUCCGCAGCUGAACGGCGGCUCUUGCCGUCUCCUGACCUUCACCGAAUUCAACGAAAGCGCCGUGAAGAACAAGGCCCAGACGGUGAGAGAGGUCUUUGCCCGGCAACUCAUGCAGAUCAGCGGCAUCAGCGGAGAAAAGGCAGCAGCCAUAUUGGAACGAUACCCGACGCCUGCCAGCCUUCGGGAUGCUUUUGCCGCUUGCUCCUCGCUUCUGGCCCAAGAACAGCUGCUGAGCGGCACCAAAUGCGGCAAACUGCAGCGAAACCUGGGCCCCGUCCUGAGCAAGUCUUUGGCCCAAUUGUAUUGCACGCCAGGACCAUUGCCGUGAGCCUGCGUUCGAGAGAGAGAGAGCGUCCAAAAAGAGAGGGAAUGAAUGUGGAUGCAAGAAAAGCAGAGAGUGAUGGAGAGAUGGCUAUUCCGGUGUAAUCUCCGGUGUUGGUCUCUUUUCUAAAUAUAACCCCCACCCAUUGUGUCAUGUUGAUAUUCUUAAUAAAAAUCUCAGGUUCUGUUUU